AUGGCAACACCAUCAGCCUCCAGUGAUGCUGGGUUCAUGAUGUCGGAUGGUCUUUCGAGGACACCCCGCGCCGGCGGGAGACAACAGUUCCCUUCCAGCGGGAGACCUCUUCCUUCGGAAAGUCUGGGUGCGCCCAGCGACGAUGAAGGUGGUGGCGGUGGUGAUGGCUUUGCAGACGAUCAGGUUCCAGUGAGAGCCAGACCGACAGAUCCCGCCAAUAUUCCCCGGGUAGAAGAUAGCAUUGGACGCAUGGUGCAGGAUCACUUUGAGAAUUUUAUCGAAGGAUUCGUCGAGACACCGACUUCCUCUGGCCAGCCUACCUCCUCAGCUGUGACCACAGACCGCUAUUAUGUCGCCCAAAUCCAUGGCAUGCGUACCUAUCAGUUGUCAACCCUAUAUGUCGACUACAAGCACCUUUUGAGCUGGAGCAACGGCGCCCUGGCCGACGGUAUCAUGAACAACUACUAUCGUUUCCUGCCCUUCCUGACAGCGGCGCUCCACAACCAGAUCGCGAAGCACGAGCCUCAAUACUUCAGGGAACACAGACAACCAACCGCCUCAAGCCAGCACCACGGCACUGGUAGCAGCACCCUGGGUGGAACUGGUACGCAGUCCGAGAUGAGCAGCAAGACCGCCAACCAGCAAACUGACAAGCUGUUCGCCAUCGCCUUCUACAAUCUCCCCCUUGUUUCCCGAGUCCGGUCAAUGCGAGCCAGGAAUGUUGGCCAACUAUUGAGCAUCAGCGGUACCGUUACCCGCACAUCUGAAGUCAGGCCCGAACUGGCCCUCGCGACGUUUGUUUGCGAAGGCUGCAGAGCUGUUGUUCCAGACGUCGAGCAGACCUUCCGGUAUACGGAACCCACCCAGUGCCCCAAUGCUACUUGCCAAAAUAGAACCGCGUGGAGGCUAGACAUCCGGCAGAGCACCUUCGUUGAUUGGCAGAAGGUCAGGGUGCAGGAAAACAGCAGCGAAAUCCCUACAGGGAGCAUGCCAAGAACGAUGGAUGUGAUCCUCAGAGGAGAAAUUGUGGACAGAGCAAAGGCAGGUGAAAAAUGCAUCUUUACAGGCGCCUUGAUUGUGGUUCCAGACGUCAGUCAGCUCGGGCUUCCGGGUCUCAGGAAAACGGCGGUGAGGGAUGAUAGGGGUGCUGAUGCUGGCGGGAGUGGUGUUGGUGGUUUAAAGGCGCUUGGUGUCAGAGAUCUGACCUACAGACUGGCCUUCCUGGCGUGCAUGGUCACGCCGGAUGUGUCUUCUCUUGGUGCCUCUGGUGAGGCCCAGAUUGUGGACAUGAUCGGCAGCCUGAACGGUAAUGUGGCGGUCGAGACGGCGGAUAGCUUGAAGGAGAUGCAGGAUGCCACGCUGAGCUCCUAUACACAGGCUGAGGUGGACGAUCUCCGUGCCAUGGUACACAGUGAUCACAUCUAUUCCAGACUGGUGCAGUCGAUUGCGCCAAUGGUGUACGGCCACGAGAUUGUGAAGAAGGGUAUCCUCCUGCAAAUGUUGUCUGGAGUGAGCAAAAGCACGGCAGAGGGGAUGCAGCUUCGUGGAGACAUCAACAUCUGCAUCGUCGGUGACCCAUCAACCUCCAAGUCUCAGUUCUUGAAAUACGUCUGUAACUUUGCUCCACGGGCAAUCUACACUUCUGGCAAGGCCUCCUCCGCCGCCGGUCUCACGGCCGCAGUGGUCAAGGAUGAAGAGACUGGAGAGUUCACCAUCGAAGCCGGCGCUCUGAUGCUUGCGGACAACGGCGUCUGCUGCAUUGACGAGUUUGACAAGAUGGAUAUUGCCGACCAGGUCGCCAUCCACGAAGCGAUGGAACAGCAGACAAUUUCCAUCGCCAAGGCCGGUAUCCAGGCCACCCUCAAUGCUCGCACCUCUAUUCUCGCUGCCGCCAACCCUGUUGGAGGUCGGUACAACCGCAAGACAUCUCUCCGCGCCAACAUCAACAUGUCCGCUCCUAUCAUGUCUCGCUUUGAUCUUUUCUUCGUUAUUCUCGACGAGUGCAAUGAGCAGGUUGAUCGUCACCUGGCCUCUCACAUCGUCGGCAUCCAUCAACUCCGUGACGAGGCCGUCGUCCCAGAGUUUUCGACCGAACAACUCCAAAGAUACAUCCGUUUUGCCCGAACUUACAGGCCAGAGUUUACCGACGAGGCCAAAGAGGUGCUCGUGCAAAGGUACAAGGAUCUCAGAGCCGAUGACGCGCAGGGCGGCAUAGGCAAGAACAGCUAUCGCAUCACGGUCAGACAAUUGGAAAGUAUGAUCAGAUUGUCAGAGGCCAUCGCCAAGGCGAACUGCGUUGAGGAUAUCACGCCAGAUUUUGUCAAUGAGGCCUACAACCUGUUGAGGCAAAGUAUUAUCUCUGUGGAACACGAUGAUGUCGAGGUUGAUGAGGAGGAUGAGCAGCCUGUUGAGGACGGGGCUGCCUUGAGAGCGGCUGCUGACGCAGCUUCGGGAUCUGUUCCUCCUGAAGCUGAUGGCGAGGGUGAUACAGCCAUGGGAGAUGCAUCCGCUGCCGCUGUGCACAAGGAGAAGCAAACGGUUUCGUAUGACAAGUACAUCUCCAUCGUGAACUUGCUUGUCAGCAAGGUUGCCGAGGAGGAGACAUCUGGAAGCGGCGAGGGCAUCGAGGGCGAGGAACUUGUUCAGUGGUAUCUGGAGCAGAAGGAGGAGGAACUGACUGGCGAGGAGGACUACGAGCAGGAGUUGGCACUGGCUAAGAAGGUGCUCAAAAAGAUGGUCAAGGUGUGUACCUUUCAAUAUCACACGGUUGUGAAUCGAUUUGCUGACAUGGGCGUAACAGGACAACAUCCUCAUGGCUAUUCGUGGCGAAGGCAUGCAAGAAGAUACGGAGAAUGGCCAGGCCGGACCCUCGGCCGCGGCGCAGAAGACUGUCUAUGUCCUGCACCCCAACUGCGCGGUUGA